AUGACACUUACGCAAUACAUCUUUAACGCCUUCAGCUAUCUUCGGCCCUGGUCGAGCAGCGAUGAGCCCCCCGCGGCGAUCCCGCGUAUAUAUCGAUACAUUACCGACACGUGGAUCCGGAGGCCGUUGGCUCCCCUAGUAUCGAUCACUCUUCUCGCUGCGCUCACUCUGCGCCUCGUCAAGAUGGCAUAUUUCCUGCCGCCCAAGGUCUCGGAUGCUGCUCUUGCGCAAGCUUCAUCCACGCCUCAGGCACCUCCUCUUCCUCCUAAAAAACAGCAUCAUACCAUCACAAGGGUACAGCAACAUGCCCUCGCAAGGGAGCAGCCGCAUACCCUCACGAGGGCACAGACGGAGCGUCGACGGUCUGCCUCUUUUGGAGGGUGGGUGAAGAACAUGUUUCCCAGUCAUCGUGCUGAACGCGGCGGCACCAGCAGAGAACAGGGAUACUGGGAGCAGAUGGAAAAGGAAGGCAAGCAACGGCCUCGACGACGCAUGACGGAUAGCCAGUACAGCGUUGGGGAUGUUUCGGUGGACUCGAGCCAUAUUACUCGGUGGAACGUGCCGAGGGAUGAGCCGCAAGAUGAAUCGCGUGGUUUGCCUGAGCAGCCACUCAGUGUUGUGCCUGUUGGCCCGAAGCCCUCAUCGCCGCCUGAUGAUGUUGUGCCGGACAGAAGCUGGAGUUGGAGUCCUCAUAAUGGCUCUGAAGAUCAGAUCUCCGUGACAAAGGUGGGAGGAGUUUUGCAGAGCAACUAUGACCGAAGCAACGAUGCCAGGAGAAGCAGUUUGGGUAUACAAACAGAGGCUGCAGCAGAACAGAAACAGCCGCUCAAAAAAGAUUUGCUUUGGGCGAGAGCCAAGGCUCGACGACGCGAACGACGGAGCUUGAGGGAGAGUGGCGAUUAUCUCGGCGUGCAAGGCGUCAACCCCCAUACUGGAGAGCUGGACAUUGUGAGUCCCUCUGGCAGCAGCGCUGGGAGCCCGGCAAGUCAUCACGAGACGCCACGGCGCAUCUUGAGGACGUGGCGGGAUGUCUUGAAGAACCACAAGUCAAGAGACUUGCCCAGUAGAGACGAUCCUGUUGAGGACGAGGAUCUUGGGAUUGCCAGGUCACUAAGGGGGAAGAAGAAAGUGAGAGAGCUGGGCAAAGCAGUCAGAUGGAAGAGACGAGGAGGGUCUUCAUUUCAGGAACCAGACCUGAGCCCCAUUGCUCAGUCGUUGAAAAGCGUGUCUCUGAGUUCUCGGAGGCCUUCUCACGUUCAACAUCCUCCUCAAGCGACCCAGCAGCCAACAGCAGUUUCCACUGGCGAGCCGCUGCUGGAUAUCGAUCCCUCUCAUGCUCAUUUCUCCGCAGUUGAUGCAUCCGACAACUACAUCGCCGCCUCAUCGCCAGCAGUGACUCCCCCAACCCCAACCCGCACUUCGUCCAAUUCCACAGAAUUUCUCGAGAGCGGAUCAGGCCUUGGCGGUUCUGGCUCCCAAACGAGUCCCAUACCAACAACGCAAUCCGAAAACAAGUCUUUUUUAGACAUGGAAGCCGAAAGGAACGUCAAGAAAUCGUGCACGGAGGCGAGCAAGGCCGCCCUUUCGGCAACCCAACCUACCCAGUCGAUCCCAGCUUCUGGCCGGACAUUCGAGCGACGAUUCAGCCUCCCAGGAAUGAUGAGCAUGACACCACCCAGCCCAUACUUGGGCCCGAACGUAUUCAGAGAGUCACCUCCUUUGAUCCUUCUCGAAGAAAGCCCGUUGGGAGCACUAUCCCAGCGACGAAACGCAGAGACUCGCCUUCGCACAAGGGCCUUGAGAAUGCGAUGGGACCACCAUCAGAAGCUACGCGGUGUGAGAGCCGCCAGGACAGAGGCAGUGAAAGAUCUAACAGAGGUGUUACCAAACAAUCCGGGAGCACAAGCAUCAACCGGCCCGCUGCAGGAAGAGUCAGUCACGAUGAGGCUUCCUGCAGGCUCCCGCUACCGGCAUCGACGGUUUACCAAGAUGGCAAUAGAAAGGGACAUGCUACAAUUGAAAGAGGGGGUAGCAAAGGUGGACAAGCAGCGGCUGGAGCAUCCUCAUCACUUUCACAACCAACCCGUGACGGAGCACGAGCAGACGAGCAACGUCUUGCGCGAAAUCACAUAUCAGGCCCCCGAGACGGAGGAACCUGCCAGCAUACCCACCAUCACCAUUACUGGCUACAACCACCAAACGUCUCUCUCUCCCUUUCUCCUGGACGGGUCGAUAGACCCAAACCUUGUCCUUCCACUGACCGAAGUUGGACAACACGGAUCGACUUGCAGUGCGCUGGCAGUGACCUCGUUCGAGAACAGCUUGGACGUGUCUCAUUCAGGCCCAUCCAUGAGCUCCAAGCAGAGUCCAACCUCAUCGGCAGAGGCCAAAGUGGGAGGCGAACCACAAGUAGGCACUACAUCUCUGCAGCAAGAGGCUCACAAGAUGCAGCCAGUAGAGGUCCACUGGGGAGACAGACGUACAGCGAAGGCUACGAUGCCAGCUCCGGAAGACGACUCGUUGCGCAGAUCAACAUUUACACAGGGCCGGAUGUUGCAGUCUAUGAACCAAGGCAAGAACCCGUCAGCAGUGAGCCCAAAAAUGCAACAGUCGGCAACGGAGAAACAGGCAAACCCAGUAGAUGGCCAAAUGCAGAUACACAAAAUCCCGGGGGCUUAUCGAGUUUACCAAGAGCACCAAGACGAAGACGACACCGCAAGUCUUUUGCUAAAGGAGGCCAACACUGAUGAAUCCCAGGCUCUGGACGCAGCCCCAAGAGAAAACGACAAUGAUGACUUGGAGGACGAGGACGAGGAACAGCCUACUCCGUUGCAGCUAUCUCUGCGGUACCUGAAGGAUCUGAUCCGGCUAUACUGGGCAACUGUAUGGCCAAUGAUUGACCCGCGAACGUUGCGAGUCGCGAACGACGGACCAAUGCCUUGGUGGAAGUCCAUUCUGUUGAUAGUACUCACAGUACCAGCUGCGGCUGUAGCAUAUCUGUUGGUUGUUGAGGGGGCGAGGUUUGUCAUGUUCAUGGCCCGGCUGCUGGAAUUCGUGGAUGAUGAAUCAGCAAUCUGA